AUGGCUACUCUUAUUCUUUCUUUGUUGCUGUGGAUUUUAGCCAUCGACACCGUUGUGGCAAGUGGUUGCAUGGAGAUAGAGGGGAACGCACUCCUCACGUUUAAGGCCGGCUUGGUUGAUCCUCAGAAUUUAUUGUCUUCAUGGGAAGGCGUAGAUUGCUGUAAAUGGAGGGGAGUCGUCUGCAGCAAUAUCACGGGCCAUGUUGUGAAACUCAGCCUCCGAGGCUCGUAUGAUAUAUUAUACAGGGAAUGGUUAUGUUUGAGCGGUGAGAUCAAUCCAUCUUUACUUCUUUUAAGCAAUUUAGAGCACUUAGAUCUCAGCAUGAACAAUUUCAGCGAAAACAGCAUCCCACCAUACUUGGGUUCAUUCAAAAACUUGAGAUAUCUCAACCUCUCUUAUUUAAAUUUCGGUGGAACAAUACCCCCUCAAAUUGGAAAUCUCUCAAAACUUCGCUACCUUGAUUUAAGUUUUGACUCCACUUUUUCCGGCAUCACUCUUAGAGUAGAUGACAUUUUGUGGCUCACUCGUUUAUCUUCCUUAAAAUAUCUUGAUUUGAGCGGUGUGAAUCUGAAUACUUCUACAGAUUGGUUGCAUGCUGUAAAUAUGCUUCCUUCGUUGAAAGUGCUACAUUUGGUUGACUGUUCACUUCCUGGCAUUUCUACAUCUCUGUCACAUUUCAACCUUACAACUCUCAAUGUGCUUGAUCUUGGAGAUAACUUCAUAAACUCCACUUUACCCACAUGGCUGCGGAAUCUUACAAGCAUCACUUAUCUAGACUUAAGAUACAAUGAGUUUUAUGGUGUUAUUUCUGAUGAGCUUCUACAUUUGAGUACUCUUAAUGUUCUCUUCUUAGGAGGUAAUUAUUUUAAAGGUAUGAAUCCAAAAGCAUUAAGAUAUUUAUGCAACUUGCGUUCACUAGAUUUGUCAAGUUUCAGUAUUGGUGGGGAAAUCAUGGAAUGGGUUGAGAUGCUACCACGAUGCGUGCGCAACAAUUUACAGACUUUAUAUCUCAGUGACAAUAACUUCAGAGGGAAUUUAUCAGGAUGGCUCGAACAAAUGAAUAGCCUCACAGACAUAGAUCUCGGUUCAAACUUGCUCAGUGGUUCAAUUCCUAUAGGAGUUUGGAAACUUCCAAAUUUAAUUUCUCUAUAUCUAUAUAAUAAUUCAUUGGAUGGUGUCGUAUCUGAUAUUGAACUUUCUUACCUAAGAAAAAUACAAUACUUAGACUUGUCAUUGAAUGCUCUCACUGUGCGAGUUCGCGAUGAUUGGGUUCCUCCUUUCCAACUUAAAGAGAUUUUUCUAGCCUCCUGCCAACUGGGUCCCAAUUUUCCAGCAUGGCUCAAAAGUCAAUCGCAACUUGAAUGGCUGGAUUUGUCAAAAAGCAAAAUUGCAGAUACUCUUCCUAGCUGGUUUUGGAAUAUGUCUCAUUUUAUUUCUUAUGUACAUCUUUCCGAAAACCAAAUAAAAGGGAGAUUGCCAUUAUUGAUGGGCUCUACAAAGCUAUGGUACUUGAAUUUGAGCUCAAAUCAAUUUGAAGGCCCGCUACCAUCUCUACCACAUAAUCUUCUAAUCAUUGAUCUCUCCAAUAAUUUUUUCACUGGAGUACUUCCAAACAUUGUAUUGCCACAGAUAGAAUACUUAUUCUUGUCAAAUAAUGACAUUGGUGGUCGUAUACCAUCUGCUCUAUGUGAAUCAACUUUUUUGGGAGUUCUCGAUCUAUCAAACAACAACUUGUCAGGAGAAAUUCCUGAAUGUAUCGGGAAGUCACAAGAGCAGCUUUCUGUUAUAGAUGUGUCAACAAAUAAUCUUGUUGGGAGUAUCCCUGACUCCCUUUGCUCGUCAAAAUAUAUUUCGCUGCUAAAAUUUAAUAGUAAUGGUUUCUCUGGAGAAUUUCCUUCGUUGCAAAAUUGCACAGGUUUGGUUAUCCUUGAUCUCGGAUAUAAUAAGUUUUCUGGAACAAUACCAUUUUGGGUCGGGGAAAGUUUAACUCUUCUUAUGGUUCUUCAGUUACGUUCAAAUAUGUUUUCUGGCGGCAUUCCGGAGCAAAUUGCGCAACUUGGCUCUCUCCAAGUUUUGGAUCUUUCUGGCAAUAACUUAUCAGGACCAUUACCACGAUCCUUCGGUAAUUUCAGCUGGAAAGCUUUAAAAGAAGGCAGAACAGAUAGAAUUAAUAAUAUCAGUGCAUAUUAUUCAGUUAGUAUAUCCUUGGAUAUUAAGGGAGAGGAACUUACAAUUUGGAAGAUACUCUAUCUAUUUGAAAGCAUAGAUCUUUCCAAUAAUAAUCUAAGUGGAGAGAUCCCCGAUGAGAUUACUGAUCUGCAGACACAACAAUAUUUAAACUUAUCGAGAAAUAAUUUGAUUGGACAUAUUCCAGAAAAAAUCGGCGAAAUGCGAUCGUUAGAAUCGCUAGACCUUGCAAUGAAUAAGCUCUCUGGUAAUAUUCCGCAAAGUCUCUCGGCAUUGACUUCUCUGAGCUACUUAAAUUUGUCGUAUAAUAAUCUCUCGGGAGUGAUUCCAACAGGAAAUCAGUUGCAGACACUUGACGAUCCAUCCAUUUACAUCGGCAAUCCGUAUCUUUGCGGGCCACCAAGUACGAGAAACUGCUCCGCAAAUGAAAUAAAUUACAAGGAUAACGAAGGGCCUAAAGAUAAGUUUGAUUGGCUAUGGAUAUACUUUAGUGUUGUACUGGGGUAUUUAUUUGGUUUUGCAGUUUUUUGUGGUGUUUUGUUGCUCAGUAAUGCUUGGAGGAAUGCUUAUUUCUCUAUGAUUGAUAUUAUAUGUGAGAAGCUUUGCAUUGUAACUAAAGUGACUUUGACUAGAUUAAAGCAGAGGCAUAGGGGAUGAAGUAAUUGGAAGAGUAGCAUCUUUAUUAAUGUAAGGUGUG